AUGGACACGACCGAGCGGCGCGGGGCCUCUAGCGAGAUCGACCCCGGCCACGACCACAAUCCCGACCACAGCCCCGUCUCCUCGCCCGACCCCAAACAGGAACUUCCGGAUGACUUGCCCAAGUCGCUGGACGACCGUCGGUCCGUCCCCGUCUUCCAGGAGACCGAGAUGUACGACGCUUGGCAAGGGCAAUCGCAAUUCCUGACUACUCCCGUUGCCGCAAAGCCGUUGCCUUUCAGCCUCACCCUCGACGACCACUCGCACGACCCCGAGCAUGACCUGCGCGCCCAAUAUGGCCGCGACCCCGAGGAUAACGAUGCCCGGCUGAUGGAGAUGCUGGCGGCGCAGGCUGCUCACCGUGAAGUUGAUUCGCUGGGUGCGGAUGAGGAGACUAUCGCAGGCGACGAGAAAUUGACCGACGCCGAGAAGAAGGAUAUCUUGCAGAAGAGCCUCAACAUGGCGGCAAGUAACGGCGAUGUCGAGCGGGUGCGCAAGCUGGUUCGAGGACAGGCGAAGAACUACGUCGAUGUCAAUAUGCCGGAUGAAGAAGGGACUGUGCCUUUGAUUUAUGCCAGUUGUUUUGGCCAUCAUGAAGUCGUUUCGGCUCUUCUCGAGGCCGGCGCUUUUGUCGACAAGCAGGAUCGUAACCAGUGGAGCGCACUCAUGUGGGCAAUGACCAACCGACACAAGACCAUCGCAAAAGUUCUCCUCGAUCAUGGUGCCUCGCCGGAUAUUAAGUCCUCAUCGGGAGGCACGGCUUUUGACUUUGCACAGCCCGGAAGCGAGAUUUCCGAAUACUUGCAUGAAAAUGGCUAUAAUCUUGGCCCUAGUGGCGUUGAAGAGGAUUUUUAUGAUGCCGGGUUGGCACAUGGCCGUUUCGAAGAGGAAAUCGCCGAAAACGAGAUGAAACGACGGAUGAUGAUGGAAGAGAGCGCGAUCAAUCUGGAAGUUGACUUGUCUAGCUUGGGGAUAGACGAGAAGAUGGAGUCACUGGAUGACGAUGAGUUAGAGGAAGAACAGCAAGAAUUUGUUUGGGAACGAUGCCUGAACGACCAGAUGUUCGUGUUCCAAGAUCAUGAGCUGGAACAUAUCCUGGAUAUCAUCAUCACCACUAUGACGCCGCAGCGAUCUCCAUCCCAAAAGCCAGUACCAGCCAAUCUGCUCUUCCUCAGUGCGCGUUACGCGCACUACCACGCUAGUCCUGAGCUGCUUGCGACUCUACUAACCUCAGCUACGGAAAAAAUUAAUGACGUGGUUGAACGCCAUCAAUGGGAUAUGACCAUGCAGGCGUUUUGGCUGUCCAAUGCCACGCUGUUGCUUCAUUAUCUAAAGAAAGACCCGGGUCUGGUGGAAUCUACAGUUGAAUUCCAACUCCACCUCGCAGAACUGAUUAAUGAAAUCUUCGUUCUCAUCAUUCGCGACGCCGAGCGCCGAAUGAACAAAGUCCUGGAUUCGGCAAUGCUGGACCACGAGACCAUUCCUGGACUGGAGGACAUUGCAUUCCAAAAUGAAUGGAAGCUUUUCCGAUCCAAGAACAAGUCCAAAACCCCUGAACCUGCAGAGAAGCGGUUCCGUCCUCCUUCGCCCCGGCGGCGAGCUCAAGUAUCCCCGAGGAAUAUCACCUCGUUAUUAUCUUCGACCCUGUUUGUUCUCGACCUCUAUGACGUCCACUCGGUGAUCACCACCCAAAUCCUUUCCCAGCUCCUGUACUGGCUUAGUGCGGAGAUUUUCAACCGAAUUGUGACCACAAAACGCUACCUCGCGCGCACGAAGGCGAUGCAGAUCCGCAUGAACGUUUCAACGUUAGAGGAUUGGGCGCGCACCAACAACCGGCACCCGGAACACUACGAAAACGGAUCCACCACCAGCAGCGGGGAUACAACUAUGGAUGCCGCGAGACAACAUUUGGCUCCGGUUAUCCAACUUCUCCAGUGGCUGCAAUGCUUCUCGUCACUCGGAGACGAUCAUGAGUCCCUUGUGACAACGCUGCUCCAACUUCAACAACUGACCCCUACCCAACUUCUCCAUGCGGUCAAGUCGUACCGUCCCGAGGUGGGCGAGAAAGGGCUCACCAAACAGGCCAUGAAGUUUCUUCUGGAGUACCAGCGUGAUCCGGAUAUGUUGUUCCGGGAACAGCAAAGAAUCCAAGACGAGAAGGAGAAAGCCGCCGCCGCCCCUGUACCCGAAGCUGCUGCUGAGGCUCGGCCGAAGACGCCUUCCAGAGACCAACCUCAACCCCCGGCUGACGGAGCACCCGAAGUUCCGACAUCCCCGGAUCCAGGGCCAGCAUCGCCAGCAUCGAUAGCUGCAUCUUCGCGGCCUACAAGUAUGAUCGCGGCGCCAAAGACGGACGAUCGGCCCGGCGUCAACGGCAUUUUCCUGGACCCGACACUCUUCCUGCCAUUCUCCCUGCCGACCAGCACAGACAUGCUUAUCAGCUACGGCGCAGGAUUCGGCGGGACCAACCGCGAACGCGCGCGCAAGUACAUCCCCACCGUCCCUCCGGAAGUCCUGAGCCGAUUCGACCGAGGCGAGGUAUAA